AUGGAAGGGAAAAUGCUGGAGAUGUUUGAAGUUGGUCCCUGUGAAGAUGGCUUUCGGCUGGAUUUUCUCAUAGGUCAAAGGUUCUGUAACCAAAUACGAAGCAGGUUGGCCGGAGACUUCAUUCUUCGAAACCAGCUCCUUCCUUUUGCUCAAACGCCACAAGCACAACAGCUGAUCGAAGCACUCUCGGAGACUAACCGGAAGAAGUUCCCAAGAUACUGGGAUGAACUUUUACGGACUGCUGAAAGAAGUGGCGUGCCGGUUCUUGAUAUAAUACUUGUCAACUUCAGAAAGGAAUUACUCCCAUUCAUUCCAAAUGCAGAAAUGAAUUCAUUUGCCGAUACUGCGGAUGACUGUUCUGACGUUCUCAUCGUCAGCGAUUUGAUGACCAUAGCAGCUCACAACGAGGAUGCAAUCUUUUGUUUAAUCGGCAACACCUACUUGAUCAAGGGAAAACUGUCAAAUGGAUUAUCCUUCAUAGCUUACACAUAUGCAGAAGAGCUUCUGACUUGUGCUUUCGGAUUUAUCCGUCAAGGACCGAUAAAAUUUCUUUCAUGA